AUGGGCAGAAAGGCCAUUCAUUCCCCGCUCUGUUGUCCAGAAGUGAGGGACCAAGAUGUGUGCCAUCUUCUGCUUCACACACUCGCAGCCAAGGGAGCCAGUAGUAUGUGGCCUGGUCAUGACAAAUGCCAAAGAGCGUUUGGUCUGCCUGUUCCUUUCGGGAUGAACGGCGGAGUGUACGCUGAAGCUAAAAUCUCAAAUUCGCGCCUAAUGUGGUUCAGCGUAGUUUCUGGUGCUGUCAAGGGUCGAAGCAGGAGACAAGUAAAUGCAGCUGCAGCAUCAUCCCCAUCCCCCAGACUCCUCGAGCCAAUCCUCGGUUCUCCGCAGCGCAUCUCAACAUUCAGGCCCCUCUCCAUCGGCCCUGGGCACCAAAUGGAGAGACUUACUGACACUGACUCACGAUUAAUACUCCGAUACUCCGGUAAUUGCGAGCAAUCCAGCACUAUCCUGACAGCUGCCUCUUCGCCGAUCGACCGAAGUGGACUGCCCACCGAUGGUCACAUUCUUCGUCCACUGCCGUUGUCGGUGCUGAAUCCGACGAAAUGUUUGCCCGUUUUCGCGACCAGGUUUGGUCCUAUAGUCGUCGAUCUUCACCCGGAUCGGCACCGUCGGUGGCUCCUCUGCGCCCUUGCUGGCCAAGGCAGGCAAGUUCGCACCGCCGAGGUCUGUCUCUCUCCAUUUAUCCAUCCGCUCUCCCAGUAUCGGCCACAGCCAGUUGAAGGUGUGUCAAUGCUUGUGCGUGGUAUUACUGACGCCAUUUUGAUCACGAUCCCCGUCUUUCUGCUGACCGCUUGCAUUGGAGAGCGCCAGGGAUGGAGAUAA